AUGAAGUUGGUCAGUCUUAUUCUUCUCUUUCUGGGAGUCUCUGUUGAGGCGUCGCGACGCAAAACGUGCAUUGUCAAAGCGGGCGGCACCAACGCAACAGAUGAUGCUCCUGCAAUCAUUGAAGCAUUCGAGAAGUGUGGGAGACGUGGAAGGGUCAUCUUCCACCCUACCACAUACCACAUCAACUCGGUGUUGAAUAUCACAUGGCUUGACGAUGUAUACAUUGACCUUAAAGGCACCCUUCUGUGGAGUACCGAUAUUGAGUACUGGCUUCAGAACUCACUUGAUGUUGGUUACCAGAACCAAUCCACGGCUUUCAUCCUCGGCGGCAACAAGGUUGUCCUCGAUGGUCACGGCACAGGCACACUCGACGGAAAUGGCGAUUACUGGUACCAAUGGAUAAGGAAGCAGGCGAAUUCGUCUAAUUACCCGGGUCGGCCUCAUGCAAUUACUCUCAACGGCUUGACUAACUCCAUCGUACGGGGGGUCAACUUCCUCAGGAGCCAAAUGUGGACCAUGUCAAUCAUUUACUCGCACCGAGUUACAAACACGGAUGGCGCCGAUACAAUCCGCUCGUCGUUCAUCAAGUUUGAUAACUGGACUGUCUACAGCGGUGACGAUAGUAUCUCACUCAAGGCUAACAGUACCGAUGUGAGCAUCACCAACUCACGAUUCUAUAACGGGCUCGGCAUAGCGCUGGGUAGCAUCGGUCAAUACAAUAAGCAGUUCGAGACGAUCGAGCGUCUGCACGUCGAUAACUGCUCUUUCUACAAUACACUGCAUGCUGUCUACUUUAAAACUUGGACAGAUGAUCAGAACGGGUAUCCGCCCAAUGGCGGCGGCGGCGGUCUUGGGUUCGCUGCGGAUAUGAGUUUCAAGAACCUAAAGUCUGUCGGGAUGCGUGGUGCCGCAGUAGCCAUCUCUCAGUGCACACGCUUCAGAGGCGCACCAGGCCAAGGUAACUGCACCAACUCCCAGUUCCAGAUUCGCGACAUCUCGGUCAAGGGCCUCACCGGCACAACCAAGUCCUCACGCGUAGCAAGUCUUCAGUGUAGCGCGGUUGCACCGUGCACCAACAUCUCCCUUUUUGAUACCGACCUUCGCUUUGACAACGGUACUGAGGCUCCGGACUACCUCUGCGGUAACGUCAAGGGGGAGCGUGGGUUCGAAUGUACGGGGGAACCUUGCACGGGGCCCAGCGCUACGGGAGAGUGCUCGUGA